ACCAUUAGGUUUCUCAAUCUGGCGUUUAUUUUCCCUGUUUCUCUGAUUUUCUGUUCCCAAGGAUGCGUUCGAUGCACCUCCUUGGGUCCAUCUUGUUCCUCUCCUUGCCUAUAGGGAUGGCCAAGGCGUCCCUGUCAGUGGGAACGGCCACCGAAUGCGGUCCUCUGGCCGUCUCCUGGACAGGUGGCCAAAACUUCCUCUGGAUCUUUAUUUUCUCCGUCAACUACUCCUCUACAUGGUACCCCGUACCAUCCUCGGCAUACAGCGGAAACAAAGGAAAUUACACCAUUCCUCAAUUGCCAUUGUCACAAGGGCAGCAGUUCGUGUUGUCAGUGUAUGAUGAAGCCGGGUUCAUUACGGGGAGUACAUCCGAUCUAUUGCAAGUGGAGGGGCCCACCGAUGGCUCUAGCUGCAACACAACCUCAUCCCAGACUUUCUCAUUCGCGUUAGCUCUCCAGCCAUGUGGACCCUACAUCUUCAACGACUAUCAGGGAGCGGUACUGCCUGUUUCUAUUAUGGCAAUUGUUCCUGGGGGAGAGUCUAUCAUCCUUAGUUCGAAUGUGACAACGACGAGCUACAAUUGGACGGCAGAUGUACAAGCCGGGGCUUCGAUUAUAUUUUCGAUGUUGGAUGCUGAUAGCAACUCAGGCGGCUGUUCUCUGCUUCAAGCAGUGGAUGAUACUUCUUGCCUAGACUUCGUCGGCACUACCAACUUCAACGUUUCAGAGGCAGAACUCGCUUCAGGGGAAACAUUCGACGGUGUUUCCUUCGCCUCUGUCCUCCCUUCGCCUCUUACCCUUCCGUUAACCACCUCCGCGUCUACCGGUCGGACUGGUUCUAGCCCUACAUCUACCAGUCAGACUGGUUCUAGCCCUGCAUCUACCAGUCGGACUGGUUCUAGCCCUACAUCUACCAGCCAGACUGGUUCUAACCCUAUGUCUACCACUCACACUGGUUCUGGCUCCCCAACGACCCUUUCUUCUGCUGCUAUCGCUGGAGUGGUGGGUGGAGUUGUGGUUAUACUUUUUGUGUUGGUGAUCUACUGCUUGUGCCUUCGCCGUAGGAAGCGCAAGGACAGUUCCACGUACCCUACUCCUACGACACUUGAUGUGCAUCCUGCACAAAUGGGGAACCUUCAUCACGGCCCGGAUACACCUGUGGCUGCUUACGCAUACCACGUUCUAUAUCAAAGUGACCACGACCAGCCCUUCGUGUCGCCAGGUCGGACUAUGCAGAGUAUUAUCCACCCUUACGCGCAGGAGACCUACACUUUCCACCGUGCCUCGGCCACCCUGCAGCAAGACCCCUUUGCCGACACUACCAAUUGUGAUUUUGCCGUCGAUAAUGAUACAGACAUACCAUUGGGUCCGCCAUCUGCCGGGUCCGCGGUGCGGCACAUACUCGGAAGGGCCAGGGCCCACAGUAAGACAACGCUCAGUACCGCGACCUCUCGUCAGGGACAGACCUUGCCUAUAUCCCGAAGUCCUUUGAUCAAAUUCCCCGCUACCUGCAACCUCACUCCCAUGAUAGUAGUCAUGAUUCACGUCUUACUUGUAUACAGAUUAUCAUUUUGGAUACCACAACUUUGUUUGCAUUCGGAUAAUGAGUCGAGUUUUGGUUCAUCUUCUAGUAAUACUCCAAUCCAUGCUCUCAUUGUUGGAUUUUUCGAUCGGUAUCUCCUGAAGAAGCUCUGA